CCCGAGCCCGCACCUCCUAUCAACAUGGCGAACUCAACAUCGAGCGCGUCUCUGGCCUCUGCUGUCACCGUCACUGAGGCUGACGUUCAAUCCCACAGCUCUCGAGAGUCCCAAGUAAGCCAUUUCAAGGUGGUCUUCGACCCGGCCGGCGUGACCAAGGAGGCAUUGCAAUGGAGAUAUCCGGGCUCAGGGACGGAGGAGGAUCCCUUCGCUGUCGACUUCACACCAUGCGACCCUUUUAAUCCUCAGGGCUACACCGUCAAGAAGAAAUGGGCCAUCACCAUCCUGACCGCUUUUUCGACCUUGGCUGUUGCCUUUGUGAGCAGUGCCUUCUCCGGUGGCCUAACGUACAUCAUUGAGGAGUUUGGGGUGUCCGAGGAGCUUUCAAUCCUGGGAAUUUCUCUCUUCGUUGUUGGCUUCGCUGUCGGGCCUCUGUUGUGGGCGCCAAUGAGCGAGUCAUUUGGUCGCCAGGGCCUGUACUUUGUUACAUACGGCGCCAUGGUCGCCUUCAACGCAGCCGCUGCUGGAGUGCCUACGUUCUCUGGCCUCGUCAUUCUUCGAUUCUUCGCAGGCGCCUUUGGCUCAUCACCACUCACCAACUCGGGCGGUGUGAUUGCAGACAUGUUUUCCGCCUCGGACCGUGGGUUUGCCACGGCGUGUUUUGCUGCUGCCCCUUUCCUCGGCCCCUCUCUGGGACCGAUUGUAAGCGGAUUUCUCGGUGAGGCGGAAGGAUGGCGCUGGAUUGAGGGCGUCAUGGCCAUUUUCACCGGUGUGCUGUGGAUCGUGUGCUCGGCGCUCAUCCCCGAAACUUAUUCUCCAGUCCUCUUGAGGACUCGCGCCGCAAAGCUGGCCAAGCUGACAGGCAAGGUCUACGUCUCCAAGCUGGACUUGGGAAAGGACCGCAUCUCUCUACUCCGACGACUACGCAUCUCGCUCUCCCGACCCUGGACGCUCCUCUUCCGGGAGCCCAUCGUGUUCCUUGUGUCCAUCUACAUGGCUAUUGUCUAUGGCACCCUUUACAUGAUGUUCCCCGCCUUCCCCAUCAUCUUCGAGCUGGACAAGCACUGGAGUGCCGGUCUCUCGGGCCUGGCCUUUGUCGGUAUCUUGGUGGGCAUGGUCUUUGCCAUCGCCUAUGCCAUGGUCGACAAUAUCCGGUACACGAAGAUCUCGAAGAAGCUGGGCGGCGAUGUGCCACCAGAGGCGCGUCUCCCCGGUGCUAUUGUGGGGUCCAUCCUACUUCCCGUUGGUCUGUUCUGGUUCGCCUGGACGAAUGGCAAUAAUGUGCACUGGGUCGUCCCAAUCAUUGGCAGCGCUUUCUUUGCGACGGGUCUGGUGCUGGUGUUUUUGUCUCUGAUGAACUACCUCAUUGAUUCCUACGUGGUAUUUGCAGCCUCCGUGCUGGCCGCCAACGCAGUCCUCCGAUCCCUCUUCGGCGCAGCCUUCCCGCUCUUCACCGACCAGAUGUACACAAACCUCGGCAUCCACUGGGCGGCCUCGAUCCCCGCCUUCCUCUCGCUCGUCUGCAUCCCCUUCCCCAUCUUCUUCUGGAAAUACGGCCCCCACGUCCGCGCCAAGUGCAAGUUCGCCGCCGAGGCCGCCAGGGUGCUGCAGGAGAUGCGCGCCGACAACAACCUCGUCAUCGACGAGAGCGAGGCCGAGGAGGAGGUCCGCGACGCCGAGAGGAUGCAGAAGCUGGUCAAUGUGGCUGCUGCUGGUGCUGCGGGGCCUGCGUCGUCGUCGGAGAAGGAGAAGGAGGUCGACAUGGAGCCUGAGCUGCCUCUUGAAGCGCCGGUGGUUCGGGACGAGACGGAGAUCGAGAAGCCGCAGGAGGAGGUUUGAUGAUGAUUGGAGGUGGGCCUGUUAAGGCACAUGAUCACGAACGAACUCGUUGACACCCACGAUUUCAAGAACGUUUAUUGUGUUUGUUUUUUCUGAAAAUCCCCCGUUGAGAUACCUCAGCAUGGCACGGCGUUGCAUCAUAGAUGGAUUUGCUUUUUUUUUUUUCGUCUUCUUUUUAACAUGAUAUCUCAUGUUGGGAAAAAUGGGGGCCUGCAUUCUGGCGUCUAGGUUUUAAAGACAUAAUAGAAUGUAUAGCGAAGAGGCUAUAGAAGUGUACAUGAGACGGACGAUCAACACUAGAAUUGCGUCAGUUCAGACAAUCUAUCGAUAUAAAUCA